AUGAGAAUUCUGGUUCCUCUUGAGUAUUUUGAUGGUGAAAGGACUAAAUCACCAGCGUACGUGAUAUCACAUGUACAGUCGCAUGUAUACGGUACACCUCUUGAGACACCAGUUUAUCAUCGGGAAACCAAAAAGUUGAAUUUCAGAGUUCUUCACAGACUCCAGCCCCAAUGCGCGGAGUUCGAGAUUAUGACAGGACACAUAGUGUCUAAUAGUUUUUUUCUGCAUUUGAAGGUCAUUAUGAGUAUAUUAUCUCGCCGUAGAGGUGAGAUUAUGUUGAAAGACAAGGCAGCAUUCGUAGAUACUGCAUUCUUAAACUUGGUUAUAUCGGUAUACAAAAAAUUCAAACAGGCAGGGAACAAAAUCCAGUUCGACUGGGGAAAGAACAUUGCCAGCUACAUAACUGGAAAAAACAGGGGGAAAAAACUGAAUAUAGAGUUCUUAAGUGUGGUGAUAGACCUUUGGCUCAGCACUGUUGAGAUUCUAGAGGCAUAUGUCGACCAUAAUGACAAGGAUGAGGUAGUGCAGUCUUACAUGGAACCACUACUUGAGAGUAUACUAUGGAUCAUGAAGCGGUACUUGCCGUAUUCUAUCACACAUCACCGGAGUACGAAGGCGACUUGGACCCGUACUGAAGAGGGCGGGGAUUGCAGGCCAUGUGCUGCAAAUUUCUUAGAGAUGCAUGCUCUAGGUUUGGGAGUAGAGGAGAUGGCUGUGAUCACUGAUAAGAAUGUGGACAGAUUUAGGGAGAUAUAUGCUAUGGAAUGCUACGAGGAGUUCGUAAGCAAUCUGUAA